CGCCUGUGCGUGUGUAUGCAGAGCGGCGCUCCGGAGUCGGUCAGUCACACCGAGAGCGGACAACGAACGAGCGUGCGAGACAGGAGGCGAGUGGAGCAAAUGGAAUUUUUAACAGGGGUCCGACCGUUCUCGAUAUUCACCUAUGUGCUCAUUAACGGCAUCCUUGUCACCCUGCAAAGCAAAGAAGAGGUGCUUUUGGACAUGAAGGCCACAGGAGGUGAGCUGGGCUGGUUGACUUGGCCUUUCGAGCAGGGAGACAAGCCCGGGUGGGAGGUCGUCCAACGGACCCUGAACGGCUCUCAGUUUUACACCUAUUCUGUUUGUAACGUUGGCGAACGCGAGCAAGACAACUGGCUGCGCACCACUUUCAUCCAGCGGCGUCCGUCAGCCUCGCGCGUCUUGGUGGAGCUCCAGUUCAUUGUACGCGACUGCAACUCCUUCGACGGCGCGUCCAUGACCUGUAAGGAAACCUUCAACCUCUUCACUUCCGAGUCCGACGUGGACGUGGGCACCACCUUCCGCAAGGGUCAGUUCAAGAAAGUGGCCACCAUCGCUCCCGACGAGAUCACCAGCAAGAACGAGCUGCGCAUCAACACGGAGACUCGGGUGGUGGAGAACCUCUCUCGGAAAGGCUUCUACUUGGCUUUUCAAGACAUCGGCGCCUGUGUGGCGCUUCUGUCGGUCAGGGUUUAUUACAAAACAUGCCCCGCCACAGUGAUGGGCCUGGCGUCCUUCCCCGAAACGGUGGCGGGCGGCGAGAACCAGGCUCUGAGGGAGGUGAACGGGAUAUGCGUGGAUAACGCCGUCAGCGAGGAGCUACCUCGCGUGUACUGCACCGUGGAUGGAGAAUGGGUGGUGCUAGUGGGCGAGUGCCAGUGCAAAGCGGGCCAUGAAAAAGUCCAUGACGCGUGUCAAGAAUGUCAGCCCGGCUUCUUCAAAGCGGAAGCUUCUGUUGAGAAGUGUCAGCCAUGUCCUGCCAACUCCCAAGGGCCGGGCUCCGGGACUUUGUUCUGUUCCUGCAUGGAUGGCUUUUUUCGGGCCCCCAACGACCCCCCCACUGGACCGUGCUCAGGCCUCCCCUCUGCUCCCAAAGACCUCAUGGCCACCACCAUACAACUAUCUGCUGGAAAAAUCCUCCUCUCCUGGAGUCCACCAGAUGACAGUGGAGGCCGGACGGACCUGACGUACAGCGUGGAAUGCCAACGCUGCGAGGGCUCCUCCUGUCAGCCGUGCGGGGACAAGAUCCAUUAUGACCCAUCCAGUAACGGCCUGACCGACACUAAAGUGUCAGUGAGCGAGCUGGACGCUCACCUAAACUAUACCUUCACCGUGGAGGCUCACAGCGGAGUGUCCAUGUUUGGCAGUCAGGCAGCGCCUUCCACCAGUGCUCUCACUACCUCGCUGCGCUACACAGAUCCCCCAAAGAUCACCUCCAUUCGAAUGGUGGAGAGAACGGCCACCAAGUUGUCCAUCUCCUGGGACGUGUCUCCUCGACAGCGCUUCCAACUUCGGCCCUUCCGCUAUGAACUAACCUAUCGCAAGAAGGAUGACAAUCUGGACGUGACCACCUACACAGUGCUGAUACUGGAGAAGAGUUCUGUGCAGAUCAGCGAUCUGGCCCCAGGCACGGCCUACCUGUUCAGGGUGCAGGCCCUCAGGAGCGACGGCAGUCCUGGGGACUCCAGUGUAGAGGAACAGUUUGAAACCUCUUCUGCAGAACCGUUGACUCAGAGCAACCCUGCGCUCAUUUUCGGCGUGCCAGUCGCAGGCGCGGCCGUGUUGUUUAUACUGCUCCUGGUCGUCUUCCUCCGCAGACGGAAAAGAAACUCUCAUACCAGACAUGGACCGGAAGACGCCUACUUCUCCAGCCCAGAGCAACUAAAGCCCCUGAAGACCUACGUGGACCCACACACCUACGAGGACCCCAACACGGCUGUACUGAAGUUUGCAACCGAAAUCCAUCCCAGCCACAUCAGCAAACAGAAAGUCAUUGGAGCCGGAGAAUUUGGUGAGGUAUAUCGUGGUAGUCUGAAGGCCCCAGGUAGGACAGAGGUUGCCGUAGCCAUCAAAACACUGAAGCCAGGCUACUCAGAGAAACAGAGGCAGGACUUUCUGGGCGAGGCUUCGAUAAUGGGCCAAUUCUCCCACCAGAACAUCAUCCGCCUCGAGGGGGUGGUCACCAAAUUCAAACACGCCAUGAUUGUGACGGAGUACAUGGAGAAUGGAGCACUGGACAGAUACCUCAGGGACCGUGACGGCGAGAUUUCCUCCUUCCAGCUGGUGGGCAUGCUACGUGGCAUCGCCGCGGGCAUGAAGUACCUCUCUGAUAUGAGCUACGUCCACCGCGACCUGGCUGCUCGCAACAUCCUAGUCAAUAACACUCUAGAGUGUAAAGUGUCCGACUUCGGCUUAUCGCGAGUGCUGGAAGAUGAUCCUGAGGGGACCUACACCACAAGUGGAGGAAAGAUCCCCAUCCGCUGGACAGCUCCGGAAGCAAUUGCAUACAGGAAGUUCACAUCAGCGAGCGACGUGUGGAGUUUUGGCAUUGUUAUGUGGGAAGUGAUGGCGUUUGGCGAAAGGCCCUACUGGGACAUGAGUAAUCACGAGGUGAUGAAGGCUAUCAACGAGGCUUUUAGGCUGCCUGCGCCCAUGGAUUGUCCCUCGGCCGUUUACCAGCUCAUGCUGCAAUGCUGGCUCCAGGACCGCUCCAAGAGGCCGCGUUUCGGGGACAUUGUCAAUCUAUUGGACAAACUGCUGCGGAGUCCAGACUCCCUCAAGGCCAUUGCCGACUUUGACCCACGCGUAUCAAUCCGCUUGCCCAGUGUGAGCGGGUCAGACGGCUCGCCCUUCAGGUCGGUGUCCGAGUGGCUGGAAUCCAUAAAGAUGAGCCAAUACAGUGACAACUUCAGCUGCGCCGGCAUCGUCAGCAUGGACCAAGUCCUGCAGAUGAAGAACGAGGACAUUAAGAAGAUCGGGGUGAGGCUGCCUGGCCAUUUGAAAAGAAUCGCCUACAGCAUUUUGGGCUUAAAGGACCAGACCAGCACCCUGAGCGUGUUCGCAGUGUGAACGCCAUCACAAAGGGAUUUGAAAUCAAGCACUGAAGCAGAGAACCCUUUGGACUCCCAAAUGAGCUGGAGCGAUAGCGCAGGGACGGACGACGCAAGCAAAAACAAACAUCCUGUACGCUUUUUGACGCUCGUAUCAACAAAGACAGCACAGCAAACAUCAGCGAGCAAUGGUGGAAAUACUCAAGUAGACUCCAGUACUCAGUCCUGUUUAAAAAGGAAAAAAAAAAGAAA